AUGUUUGCGAGCCGUGGCGGGACAGGUGGAGGUAAAGGGGGAAAGUAUUCUGUGGAGGACCUCUAUGGAAUCAGUAAGAAGCCCAAAGCCUCCUCUUCUUCUGGGAGUAUCGUUUCAAAGGCCCGCACCGCAAAGCCGCAGGAGAACAGACAUGAGGAGGCCCUGGCGUCUCAGAUCCUGGAGGCGGCUCACAGGCUGGUGGAGCGCAGACGCCUGGAGCUGUACCUCCGCGAGUGUGGUCUGUCGCUGGCCGAAUGCGAGGCCCAGCGCUCUGCUAUGGUCUACAGAAAUCUGGGGAAAUCAGGUCUACGAGUGUCUUGUCUGGGAUUAGGAACAUGGGUGACAUUUGGUUCUCAAAUCUCAGAUGAGAUGGCAGAAAACCUAAUGACCAUCGCGUAUGAAAAUGGGGUGAACCUCUUCGACACAGCAGAAGUGUACGCAUCUGGAAGAGCGGAAAUCACUUUAGGAAACAUUGUAAAGAAGAAGGGAUGGAGGCGCUCAAGUUUUGUCAUAACAACAAAGAUUUACUGGGGAGGCCAAGCAGAGACAGAGAGGGGCCUGUCUAGAAAGCACAUCAUCGAAGGUUUACGAGGAUCCUUAUCAAGACUUCAACUAGAAUAUGUAGAUAUUGUUUUUGCCAACAGAAAUGAUGUUAAUAGUCCAAUGGAGGAGAUUGUACGUGCCAUGACAUUUGUAAUAAACCAGGGUAUGGCCAUGUACUGGGGCACGUCGCGCUGGAGUGCUAUGGAAAUCAUGGAGGCAUACUCAGUAGCACGGCAGUUCAACCUGAUCCCACCCGUGUGUGAGCAGGCUGAGUACCAUUACUUCCAGAGGGACAAAGUGGAAGUGCAACUGCCAGAACUCUAUCACAAAAUAGGCGUGGGAGCUAUGACCUGGUCCCCCUUGGCUUGUGGAUUAAUCACAGGGAAGUACAGCGAUGGUGUGCCUGAGUGCUCCAGAGCAGCCAUGAAGGGCUACCAGUGGUUGAAAGAACGGGUGAACAGUGAAGAGGGCAGAAGGCAACUGGCUAAAGUGAAAGAGCUCCACCUUCUGGCUGACCGCCUCGGCUGCACUGCUGCACAGUUAGCCAUUGCCUGGUGCCUGCGCAGUGAAGGAGUCAGCUCCGUUCUCCUGGGGGUCUCAAACGCCGACCAGCUGGUGGAGAAUUUGGGUGCCAUGCGGUUAUUAUCACAAAUGACCCCUCAGACCAUCACUGAGAUUGAUGCUCUGUUGGGAAACAAGCCACACUCGAAGAAGGAGUCCCGAGCCUGA